GGGGUCCCACCCCGACCCCGACCUGCUGCACCGGCAGCCGUACGGAGCGCCCCACCCGCUGCAGGGCUAUGCGGCCAACCACCACCCGCCAGGUCUCUCGGGGCUCUUUGAGACGGGGCUGCACCACGCGGGGGGCGCCGCCCCCGACGCCUCCGUCAUGAACCUGAUCUCAGCGCUGGAGUCGCGGGGACCCCAGCCCGGACCCUCGGCCUCGUCCCUGCUCUCCCAGUUCCGCACGCCCUCCUGGCAGACUGCCAUGCACACUCCAGCUCCGGCCGAACUCUUCAUCUCGGGCGCCCUGCCCGGCUCGGGCACCUUCCCGUCCUCGUCGGCGCUGGGUCCCUACCAGCACCCGGCGUCGUUCGGCGGCCGCAGCUUCCCGGUGGGGUCCCCGCUGAGCCUGCCCGAGGCCGCCUUCAGCCCCGGCUCCAACGGGCUGCUGUCCCCGCACGAUCCGCUGCUGCACAUCAAGCCCACGCAGCCCGCCGUGCCCUCCUCGCUGGGCUUCGACCGCCUGGGCUCGGCCGUGCUGGGCUCGGCGCUGCCGGCGCAGACCCCUCCGUACCGGCCGGCUCCCAGUUCGUCCCAGUUCAACCUGCUGGCCGCGGCCGAGCAGCCGCCGCAGCUCUACAACGCGCCCGUGUUCGGCGGCGCCAACGCGGCGGGCGGCGGCGAGCGCGCCAUAUCGCGACAGGACAGCGUCAUCAAGCACUACCAGCGGCCGGGCGCGGCUCAGCCGCAGCUGCCGCCGGCGCCGGGGCUGCAGCACUACCUGAGCUGCGGCGGCUCGUACCAGCAGGUGCCGGCUCACCGCGCCCCGCUGUCGUGCAGCCCGCUGGGCGAGCAGUCCCCGGCCAGCUCCGAGGGCUCCCAGCAGCCGCCCAAAGCCGCGCCGGCGGCGCCGCGCCCCGAGCCGGGGUACCGGCCCAUCAUCCAGUCCCCGGGCUACUCCGGCGGCGCCAACGCCGCGGGCAACGGCGGCACGGCCGGCGGCAACGGCGGCAAGUCCAAGAGUUACUCGGCGUCGCGGCAGCCGCCGCGCUCCACCAACACGCCCAAGUGCCAGAGCAGCUACACGCCCAGCACGCCCAAGCCCAGCUCGGUGAUCGCCAGCCAGUCUCCGGCCUACUCACCGGGCCAGCCGCCGCAGAGCCUGCUGGCCAUGGGAGCGGCCCCCGGUUACAGCGGCCCCGGCGCGCCGCAGAGCCUGGCGGGGACAGCGCAGCCCUCGGGCGGCUUUGGCGCGGGCCAGGCCGGGGACAUGGCGGGCAAAGCGGGCGGCGGCUACCAGGGCACGGGGCAGGGCGGGCAGCAAGGCGGGCUGCAGCCGUGCGUCAGCGCCGCGGGCACCUACUCGCCCGAGCAGCUGCAGGCGCUGCCCUACGGCGUGCAGCCCGAGGGGGCGCAGCCGGGGGGCUACGGGCCGCCCGCCCCCUCGCAGCAGGGUCUGCCCACGGCCAGCCCUUCGCUGAGCUACAGCACCACCGGGCACUCGCCCGCCAUGCCCGGCCCGCCGCCGCUGCCCUACGCCGGCCUGGGCGGCUCCAGCCCCUCGCCCAUCAUCCGCCCGCUGCAGUCGCCGCCGGCGGCGCGGCCGCAGAGCGGGGCCUCGCCGGGGCAGUCGCAGAAAUACCUGGGCUCCGUGCUCUCGCCGUCCUUCAUGGCCCCGCAGGGUUACGGCGCCGCGCCGGGCGGGGGGCUCGACAGGCAGCAGCCCCCAGCCCCGCCGGGGGCGCCCCCCAAUUUCGGCAAAGGGGCCAAGGGCGAGGCGGAGCUGCUGGCGGCGGAGCGCAGCGAGGACGAGGAUUUCCUGAUCCAGCACCUGCUGCAGGCGCCCAGCCCGCCCCGAGAGGGGCUGGGGGGCUGCGAGGAGCGCCCCAAAGCCUUGGGGGGCUACGGCGGCGCGCUGGGCAAGGAGGAGCGGUACCAACUGCAGAGCGUGAUCCGGCCCAACUCCAACCUGGAGGCGCCGCUGGAGCUGGCGCUGCUCAAGGAGAAGAAGAAACCGGAGAGGGGCAAAGAAUUCCGGGGGGCCAGCGGAGGAGGAGGAGGCGGCGGCGAGGUGGCGGCCACGUCGGUGGUGCACUACGGGCACCAAGCGCCGCCCGCCAUGGACUCGUACGAGAUGAAGAAACCGCCCGAACACCUGGCCGGGGGCAAGGAGCUGGGCCAGCCGCCCCCUCCUCACUCGUACCUGCCCAAAACCCCCGAGCACGGGCGGCUGGUGGGCGAGGGACCCCCGUUGGAGCCCCACAACCUCCUGCUGGACCCCUCGCCGGAGCUGGGGGGCUCGCUGCUGCCCUCGGUGCUGACGCACACGCAGAGCCAGCUGCACCCGCGGCCCAAGGGCCGGGCGCCGCUCGACGUUCACCUGCUGGAGCAGCAGCGAAUGCCGCCCCCUCCUCCGCCGCCCCCUCCUCCGCCGCCCCCCGCGCCCCCCUCGGCGCCCCCGGCCCCUCCGGCCGCCCCCUCCCCGCAGCUGCUGCUCGAGGCCCACCUGCACCAGGUGCGCUCGCAAGGCCUGGACCCCCAAGCGCCGCCGCCGCUGCCCCCCGACUCCAUGGAGGUGUUGCCCCCUCCCCAAGAGAUCCAGGACUUCUUGGAGCCCCCCUUGGGUUUGGAGCCGCACUUGGGGCAGAGCGCGGGGGUCCAGGGACCCCCCGGGCACCUGCUGGACCCCGAGGGGGGGGUCCCGGCCGUGCCCCCCGAGGCCAAGGAUCAGUUUGCCGAAGGCGGCAGCCCCGCCGGGGGCAAGGGGCGUUUCGUGCCCCUCACGUCCAUCUGCUUCCCGGACGCGCUGCUGCAGGACGAGGACCGCGGCUUCUUCCCCGGCAUGGAGGACAUGUUCGGGCCCCCGCCCGAGGAUUUCCCCAAGGCCAGCGAGGAGGAGGAGGAGGAAGGCAGCGCCAACGCGGCCGCGCUGGAGGCGGCGCGGCCCGAGGGGAUGAAGGCUCCCCCUCCGUACGACAUGGGGCAGAGCUACCCCGCGUUCUGCCCGCAGGACGGGGCGACCCCCGGGGAGCCCCCUCAGCUGGGGCUGGAGCCCCCCAAACACGAGUUACCCUCCACGGUGAACGCGGAGCCGCUGGGUUUGAUCCAGAGCACGGGCGACGGCGGCCCCAAACCGCCUCCUCCACCCCUGAGCACGCCUUUAUUCUGCUCCUCCAAACCCAAAAAACUGCUCAAAACCUCCUCCUUCCACCUGCUCCGCAAGCGGGACCCCUUCCCGCCGCCCAAGAAGACCUACGCGCAGGAGUACGAGUUCGAGGACGACGAGGACAAGGCCGACGUGCCCGCCGACAUCCGCCUCAACUCGCGGCGCCUCCCGGACCUGCUGCCCGACCUCAUCUCCAGCUGCCGCCGCGCUCCGCUCACGCCCAUGGGCGACAUCGACUUCUGCCCGCACCCCGGCGCCCACCACGCCGCCGCUCCCAAGAAGCGAGGCCGCAAACCCACCAAGCCCAAGCGGGAAGGGCCGCCCAGGCCGCGGGGCAGGCCCAGGAUCCGGCCCUUGGAGCCGCCCGGCUUCCCCGAGGGAGCCAAGAGGCCGCGGGGAAGGGGCCGGGGUCGGGGCAAGAAGGGAGGAGAGGACGGAGAGGGGAUGGAGCCGCUGCGGCCGCUCAAGAUCAAACUCGCCGUCUCCAAACCCGAGCCCGCCCCUCCCCCCGCCCCUCCCCCCGGCCCCGCCGCCCCCCCCCCCCCAUUCCCGGGGGUCCCCGAGCCCCCCGCCCCUCCCCCGGCGCAGGAGCCCCCCCAGAGCCGCCCGAAGGCGGCGCCGCGGCCGCGCGAGGCCGAGGAGAAGGCGCCGGAGCUGAAGUCGGGCUCCUUCAUGGCCUCCUUCCUGGACUUCCUCAAGGCCGGCAAGCGCCCGCAGCCGCUGCCCCCCAGCCCCUCCAAGCCCCCCAAGGCCGGCGCCCCCCAGAGCUUCCCCCUGGGCGGGUCCCUGGAGGCGGGCGAGGCCGGCGAGGGGCUGGUGAUGGGCGGCUGCCCCUCGCCCUGCAAGCGCCUGGACGAGGAGCUCAAGAGGAACCUGGAGACGCUGCCGUCCUUCUCCAGCGACGAGGAGGACUCGGUCAGCAAGAACCAGGACCUGCAGAAGAGCAUCAGCUCGGCCAUCUCGGCGCUGGACGAGCCCCCGGAGCGCAGGGAGCCGCCCGAGGCACCAGCCGCCCCCCCGCCGGAGGACCCCCCCCCUUCCCCUCCCCCCGCCCCCCCGGAGCCCCCCCAGCCCGAGCCCGCCCCUCCCCCCCCCGCCUCCCCUCCCCCCAGCGCUGCCGCCCCCGCCCCCACCCCAGGGGGGUCCCCCAGCCCCCCCCGGGGGUCCCCGGAGCCCCCCGAGCCCCCCGAGCGCCCCCUGCACCUGGCACAGAAGCAGGGCACGGCCGCCGUGUGCGGGGACACCAGCGACGAGGAGGAGAGCGGCGGAGAGGGGAUCUUCAGAGAGAGGGACGAGUUCGUGGUGAGGGUGGAGGACAUCCCUGCGCUCAAGCUGGCGCUGCAGACGGGCCGGGAGCCGCCGCCCAUCUGGAGGGUGCAGAAGGCGCUGCUGCAGAAAUUCACCCCCGAGAUCAAGGACGGGCAGCGCCAGUUCUGCGCCACCAGCAACUACCUGGGCUAUUUCGGGGAUGCCAAGCACCGGUACCAGCGGCUCUACGUCAAAUUCCUGGAGAACGUCAACAAGAAGGAUUACGUGAGGGUGUGCUCCCGGAAACCCUGGCACCGCCCCCUGGCGCUCAGGAGACAAACCCACCCCAAGCCCAGCGCCCCCAAAGCCCCUCCCCCCCCCAGACCCGACCCCACGGACAAACCCCAAAAACCCGAAAAAGCCCCAAAAGCGGAGAAAACCCCAAAAACGGAGAAACAGCCCCGGAGCGAGGCCGCCCCUCCCCCCCCCGCGCCCCCCGCGGGGCCCCCCCGCGCCCCCCCCGGCCCCCCCAAGGCCAAAGCGAAGCCCCCCAAGGUGAAGGCGGAGCCCCCCCCCAAAAAGAGGAAAAAAUGGCUCAAGGAGGCGGCGACGACGUCGGAGUCGGAGUCGAGCGGGGACCCCCCGAGCGAGGAGGAGCGGGCCCCGCCGGGGCGGGUGCUGAACACGCGGGCCAUGAAGGAAAUGUACCGGAGCUACGUGGAGAUGCUGGUCAGCACCGCCCUGGACCCCGACAUGAUCCAGGCCCUGGAGGACACCAACGAUGAGCUGUACCUGCCCCCCAUGCGGAAAAUCGACGGCAUCCUCAACGACCACAAGAAGAAGGUGCUCAAGAGGGUGACGCUGAACCCCAGCCUGCAGGAGGCGCUGCACACGUUCCCGCAGCUGCACGCCGAGCCCGGCGAGUCCCUGGUGCGGCUGCGCCCGGGCGGGGACCCGUACAACCGAAAAACGCUGAGCAAGGUGAAACGGAGCGUGGGCAAACCGCAGGAGUUCAAGGUGGAGGUGGAGAAGUCGUUCCUGUACACGCUGUACCACUCGCUGCACCACUACAAGUACCACACCUUCCUGCGCUGCAAGGACGAGACGACGGCCAUCGAGGGCCGCGCCGAGGACCUGGGCCAGGAGGAGGUGGUGCAGCGCUGCAUGCGCAACCAGCCCUGGCUCGAGCGCCUCUUCGACUCCUUCAGCGACCUGCUGGCCCAGGCGCGCGCCAAGUGCGCCUGAACCCCGAAAACACGGGGGGGACACACCCCUGGGAUUGGGGAUCCCCCCCAAAAAACCCGGGGGGA